AUGAAUCCUCAUCAGCAGAACAAGAUCGACACGAGCUCCUUGAGCCCCGACGAGCAGCGUCUGUUGCGUCUUUAUGGCAAAAUGCCCAACAAGAAGGACCUCCUUCAGAACAAACUCAAGGAACGGAAGUACUUCGACUCAGGUGACUACGCCUUGAGCAAGGCCGGGAAAGCUUCAGACGUCGGUGUAACCAAUAUUGGCUCGAAACAUCCAGUCCCCGAAAACAUUCCUCACUUAACUGCCACCUCUCCCGGCGCAAAUAACCCCAUGACCAUGGGCAAUGGCGGAAGCAUUAGUGCCCAGGGAGGACAGCAUAUUCCCGGCAGUAUCAGCAACCAUCCAGGCUCUGUCGGAUUUCAAAGUCGAAGCCCCAUCAAGGAAGCGAGCUUUCUGCACCGCGGGACGAGUGUCGAUGACUCUGAUAACACUCCUGACACAGCUGAGAAUAAGGAUCAGGAUGAAGGAAUAAGCCCACCGCCCGCUACUGAGGGAGUCCCAAUCCGCCGGUGA